GUUAAUGCUCGUACUACAAAUACCACCAUUAUCACUUACGAUCCUCAGUCGACAAGCUACAAAGUUUUUUCCUGCAACCUUGAACUCUAUUUAGCAUAGCUUGAUAUCCCCAUCUUUCUUAAUAUGUCAAUCACAUAUUUUUUUCUUGUUUUACUUUUGUGUCUUCAUCUACAAUCUUCAUGUAAUGCCAGAAGACUUGCUGCUACUGAUGAGAACCUUAACAAGAAAUUUCACAUGUUAAAUCAGCAUAUUAAUGGUGAGAAGAUGUCAGUUGCACCAAAGGUGGAGUUUUCCUCAUCAAAUCUCAAAGCUGCAGAAGCGUCAAAAGAAGGUAGCAUUUCAGAGACUCAUGAUCGCCAGUUGGAUGAUAAUAUCGAUCGUGAGAAGUUGAUGAAGUCCAAAAAGGAGCUCAAAAUGGCAGAAAAGAAUGCAAGAAAAUCAGGUGCUGUUGAAAAGGAGUCUGUUGUUUCAGUUCCAUGGCGUUUGCCUCGUAGUAAACGCGAAGAGAAUAAACAGCCUGGUUUCAACUUGGACUACUCACCACCGAAGACACACCCACCUUCACACAACUGAACCAUAUAGAUAAUUAUUUUACAACACCAAUUUUGCUAUUUUGUAUCAAUACUGUCUCUCUAUCCUUGAUGGGUGUUCUUAAUUAGUUAUAUAUCAUAUGGAAAGUUUUCAUCAAAUAUAGAUCAAUGAAGAACUUAAGGGAUUCAGUGAUAACCCUAGGGUUCUAAUGCUCAAUGUCAGCAUAUAAAUAUAUGAAGUUAUUAUAUAUGGCAAUAUAUAUAUAAGAUCAUAUAAC